CUCAAGAGCAUAAACAGUAACACAGGUUAUUUUGAUGUCACUAUGAUUACGAAAGCCAGCCCGUCACUCAAUCUUAGUUCUCUAUUUGCCACUAUGUGUCACUCUGCUCUAAAAGCCUGGGGCAACGUGGUCUUUGCUGAACUCUGAGAGGACAAUUAUAGUCUCAUGCCAAGGAGGAACUAUCCUGCUUACCUCUCACACUUUGGAAGAAUACAGAAAUACAGUUGAUUUAGCUAGCUUCACAAUAGCCACUAGCCCAAUGAUGGAGGUGAUGAGGACCUCCACCCAUGCAAACCCCACCCCUACCCCCACCCUCAAUGACUCAAACACCUGCACGACUCUGUAUGACCACCUGGAGUACGCCCGAGUCCUCAUGCCCCUCUUCUACAGCAUCGUCUUCUCCGUGGGGUUGCUGGGYAACGCCCUGGCGCUGCAUGUCAUCCGGCCCAACCUAAAGAAGAUGAACUCCACCACGCUCUACUCCGCCAACCUGGUCAUCUCCGACAUCCUGUUCACGCUGUCACUACCGUUACGGAUAAUCUACUACGCCCUGGGCUUCCACUGGCCCCUGGGGGAGACCCUGUGUAAGAUCACAGGGCUGAUCUUCUACAUCAACACAUAUGCCGGGGUCAACUUCAUGACCUGCCUCAGUGUGGACCGAUUCAUUGCUGUGGUCUUGCCGCUCCGGUUCGCACGCUUCCGGAAGGUCUCCAAUGUCCGGUUCAUCUGCGUUGGGGUGUGGUUGCUGGUCUUAAUGCAAACUUUGCCCCUCCUCUCCAUGCCCAUGACUCAUGUGGAGUCUGAUGGCUUCAUCACUUGUAUGGAGUAUCCCAACUUCGAACAGGUGCCCAACAUCGCCUACAUGCUGAUCGGCGCCGUGUUCCUAGGCUAUGGAGUCCCCGUGGUGACUAUCCUAUUGUGCUACUCCAUACUGUGCUGUAAACUCCGCCUCUCGGCCAAGACCAAUCACCUGACGGACAAGUCGGGGCGCAGCCGCAAAGCCGUUGGGGUGAUCUGCUGCGUCUCCCUGGUGUUCGUGGUGUGUUUCAGCCCCUACCACAUCAACCUCCUCCAAUACAUGAUCCGAAAGCUGAUCUACACACCAGACUGUGCUGAACUCACAGCCUUCCAGAUCUCCUUACACUUCACUGUUUGUCUGAUGAACCUCAACUCCUGCCUGGAUCCAUUCAUCUACUUCUUUGCCUGUAAGGGUUACAAGAGGAAGGUGCUGAAGAUCCUGAAGAGGCAGGUGAGCGUGUCCUUCUCCAGCGCAGUACGGACAUCGCCGGAGGGGUCAUCCAGAGACAUCGUAGAUGGUAAGAAGAUCCACCUCAACAGCACUAGGUACGAACAGUGUGUCCAACAGAAUGGCCAAAGGUGAGUUACGACCAACCAACAGACCGGUGAGUCAAAGACCAACCAACAGAUCGAAGAGCCAUCAACCAGCAAACAGACCAGCCAACAGACCGGUGAGCCCACGACCAGCCAACAAACCUUUGAGCCAACGACCAGCCGACAGACUGGUUAGUCAAUGACCAGCAAACAGACUGGUGUGCAAACAACCAGCAAACAAUUUGAAUAACAUACUAUAUGUGAUGAAUUUGAAAAACAUAUGAUAUGUUAUGAAUUCUAGCUAGGUGUCUAAUGUUAGCUAGGUGGCUAACGUUAGCUACUGUAUG